AUGCAUCCUCAGUGCCGUAUAGAGGUCAUCACGAGAGAAGCCUUUGUAGAAGCUCUGAAGUACUACCCGCAAGUCGUGCCAUCCAGAGCAUACGACUAUGAAGACCUACGAUAUGCCACAAUACCACAGGCGGUGACAGCGAGAAAGGAGAAGGGACAGCUUCACUUAGGCAAAAGCGAACUCGCUUCUCUGGUCGACUGGAAGCUAAGCCAUGGCACCUUUCGUCCAAAGCUCAAACAGCUUGUACAGUCAAAUCCACCAGACACCGUGCAGAAGACCACGGCCACUGCGUUCUCGUCCUUUGACGGCACAUUAGAGAAGCUGAAAGCCUCUCUGAAACAACUGUCGACGCUGAAAGGCAUUGGUCCAGCCACUGCCAGUCUACUCCUGAGUGUCGCCUUUCCGUCCACUGUGCCUUUCUUUUCUGACGAACUUUUCCGAUGGACUUUCUGGGAAGAAGGAAAGGGUAAAGGCUGGGACAGGCCGAUCAAGUACACGCCAAAGGAGUACCAUGAGCUCUUCUCGAGAAUACAGGAAAUCCGGAACCGUCAUGACUGGGCUGCUGUCGACAUGGAAAAAGUGGCAUUCGUGCUCGGGCACCGUGCCAGCGGCGGAGGGACAUCGAGGCCAGAAGAAGAAGAAAGAUCUAAACAGACGGCCGGUGCAGCCAAGGACAAGGCCAAGGCUCUUGAGAAGAUAUCAGACAAGCGCGGCGGUCUUGACUUGGACGAAUCUCCACCACCAACUAAGAAGCUCAAGAAGGAGCACGAGAAUGCCGAACCGCCUCAAGCCGAAGAGCCCGUUAAGAAGAAGGCCAGUACAGCCAAGACCCCAAAGCCACCGACAAUUGGUACACGCUCAUCCUCACGGCUCCAGAAGAAGGGGUAG